UCUUUGAUUAGGCCGCAAUGGCCAAGUCACAAGCGACCCACCCGCAGAUCCGGGCACUCCAGUCCUCCUCAUCAUCCCCUCUGGUUGUGGAGCCUAUUCCCCUGCCGAAUGCGGGCGACCCACUCUACUGUGACGUCUCCACUGGCACACAACGCCCCCUGGUCCCCCGGGAAUGGCGACGCACGGUGUUCAAUUCUCUACACAGCCUCUCACACCCAGGAAUCCGAGCAACACAGAAGCUCAUCACGGCCCGGUUUGUGUGGCCUGGUGUCAAUGCUGAUGUCCGCCGAUGGACACGAGCCUGUGUACAGUGCCAGCGCGCCAAGAUACAGAGGCACUCUGUCGCCCCACUCUCUUCCUUCCCCGUUCCUGAUGCCCGAUUCGACGUCGUCCACAUUGAUCUGGUCGGACCACUCCCACCGUCACGUGGGUUCACUUACCUGCCCAUCUCGACAGAGAUACGCCCAACCCAGCGCCAAACCUCGAGUCUACAGCCAUCGCACCAUAUGUCACCACUCGCUCAGGACGACGAGUCCAGUUCCCUAAGUACUUCACCUCGUACACGUCGACAUCAAAAAGUUCCGAUGGGACUGCAG